AUGGGAAGCUCUUUCUCGCUUCAAAGUAAAGACAAGCGCCGACGCUCAAAUCGACUCUCAAAGCCACCACAAAGCCAGGCUGCCCCAGGGUGCCCCGACUCGCUCUCGUCGCGGCAGCUUGACCAGGCACUUUCUCUUCCGUCCACCCCGACUUUAUGGCAAAAUCCUUGGACGGGUGUUACUGUUCCAAUCAGCCCCAAGGACCCCAAGGACGCCGUCUCGCCCAACCCGCGAUCACAUUCGGUUUCCUCUACUCCAGUGCGACGCGCAACGACAUGGAAUUCGAAUGGACGCCCUAUCGCUGGGCGAAGUGCCCAUAGCUCAGCCGAUAUAUGGUCGCAAUCGCCUGCAUCUCCUGGCCCAGCCCCAAGCAGGAGAGGAUCAGUGUAUGGGCGAACAUCAUUUCAUCCAUCUGAAAUUGCCACAUUUCAACCGACAACCCUCCAAAGCAACCCUCAAUCCCCGUUAAUGGGACAACCAAAAAGGUCGUAUUCAGUUCAUUCGCCAACCCAAAACCGCGGGAACACUAUCCAACGACGCAACCUUGAUAGGUUUUCAUCUAUAAACUCCCAUUCGAGGGUUAAUAGCCAGGACUCCCUUCCAAUUCGCCGACGUUCGUUACUCAUAAGGCCUGGAGUUGCCACACGGAAAGCAACAAAAAAUAUAACCCCCACAUUCUCCUCUGGACAGUAUCAAAAUGGAAUUAUUCCGCCCGCUCCUCGCAAUACACCCUUGACACCCACCGAGCCAGCUUUUAUAACCCAUGAGGGAAUCAUUUACAACGAUUUUGAGCCAUUGUCUCAAUUACGACCACCUACACCGAGCGACCUCGGGUACACCCAUCUAGGAGCGCUCAAGUUGGGGUCUCUACGUGUUGUUAAUGGUUCCGUCUCUCCAUGUCCUAGUGACCAAACGCGGCUUGGUCACCCAGGUAGCCCAACUCCGGAGCCUAUUUCUGAAACUAUGAACUCCACGGAUCUUCUACACCCACUCGAGAGGAAUAGCUGUGUGUCGCGGCCAACGUCACCAGACGGGUUGGAGAUAUACAUCAAGAAGAGCCCCCCGGUUUUCGACAACGCCAGGGACCUGGGUCAUGUCAUGGGCAAUUUUCCUGGGGAAGUAGAAAAAGAUGGCGUCGCCAUGAUCGAUCGUCAAAUCACCCCCGGAAGAAACGAUAUGCCGGCCACUACACUAACCAUCCCCUCUGCUCCCUCGGCAAGAAACGGCCUCGACUUUCCUAUUAGCCCUUUCUCGUUCGAUGAGUCACCAACAUCUGAAAUACCACAUCGCAGGGCGGUAUUCCGUGAAGCUGAAGAUGAAGGUAUUUCUAUUUCUGAAAAGGAAAGGGCAUUAACUCCGAUUUCAGCGAAGGUGCCAGAAAGACAUCUCAGUUAUAGUAGUUACGCAAGCCUCCACAGAAAGAUGGAUAGUGGGUACAGUUCUGCAACCUCUCACAGGACUUCCAUAGAUUCACAUGCAUCUCUGAGGCGCUCUUCUGGAUUUAGAAAAUUCGCUUUGGGGGACAGUGCUAGAGACAUUGAAUCACGCGACGGAAAUAUGCCCUCGACAACGGACAGUCAGAAUCCAGCGGACCAUCACCCUAUCAGUUGUCGACCAGGUUUUUGUGAGCGAUCAAUGAGUGUUUCUAGGAUACACCGACACCAGCGACAUAUUCAAGUGAACGGUCGAGCGAGAGGUCUGUCACUCCCCCUCCCAAGGACUUUAGGUGACGCCACCUCCCUUCCGUUGUCCUGUGCCCACAACCUUGAACCUACGACUUCUAGUAUGCUCCCAUCAACUAUACUAGGGAGCCAUGAUCCCGGAACUGGACAGGUUGGCGAGGCCCUUUGUUGGACCUGUGGUUUAGGAGAUGCAUCAUAUCCAUACUCUACUCUGCCUACCACCCAAGGAGGCUGUGUCUUUGAAGGUGGCACAAAUCAAGGUGCAAACUUUGGUCGCCUCGGCGCGGACCAUCAUGACGAACAGCCGAACAAUGAGUAUGCCACGGAGCCACCAGGCGGCCGGGUGCACAGCCAAACUAUCGCGCAUCAGCCCCCUGGGCCUUCUGGGCAGCAGCCUUCAAACUUUGCUGACCUUCACGCAUGA